AUGUCACACGUGUAUCAAUUCAUCACGCAUGACGUGUCCAUAACUGUUCCUCAUCCAUCACUCAUCCAUCACGAGCAGCCUCUCUGUGAUCCAUCCUCAAUAAUGCCGGUCCUCACACGUUCGAUGACUCAACGCGCUGAAAUAAAGAGGGAAAUCAUCGCACGUGCAAUCCCAAAGAAAAAAAAUACAACAAGGCGCGAUGCUCAAAACGUUUCGGAACGACCUCUACCCUUCGGUGCUGUCUCCCGCGGAACUAGAAGCGGUGCAUACAGGAACCUUCCCGAGGAAAGAUCGGACGAUGAUAUGGUGACCAGCACAAUCCUAGUGGAGGAAGCUUUUGUCCGUGCUUCCACAAUGGAAUUGUCGGCAGUGGUAAAGAGACAGGAUGAUGGAGCUGGGGGAAUGGUGGAUUGCGAUAUGGGUUCCAGAUAUAUCAAGCAGGAGGAUCCUUCAAACGAAACUGUGAUAAAGCAGGAGCUCGAUUAUGAUGCAAGGUCAUCUCUUUCAAUGGAGAGUCUCAGGGAUGAUGAAAUGGACACCAAUGAUAUACCGCCGGCAGGGGAGAUCGAUGCAAGUACCAUCAAUGGCCGCGGACGUGCACUCACGCCAAAAAUGAAAGAGGAAUCGAAGGAGAUGGAGCGUUUCCUUAUAUUCCACCUCAUGGGCUGUCUUUCCCGUCGUUAG